GUAGAGCGGGUUUCAAACACCACUGUACUAUGUUUUUAUCUUCCUUCUUUUCGAGUUUAUUGCAAGUAAAAAAACCUGUUAAAUUUGAGCUUUUCAACAAGCAGCUUCUUCAGAGAUGAGCCGAGGACGUGGAGGGAAGAGGUCUAGGGGUGAUUGCGACAACGGCUGGGGAGAGUGGGGAGGCUACAUGAACGCAAAGAAGCAGAAAUUGGCCGAACAGUUUAAAACCGAUACACCAAGGAAUAAAGAGAUAGCAGGGGUGGGCUCUGGAAUCUUUGCAGGGGUGUCAAUCCAUGUAAAUGGUUACACUGUCCCUUCUUCUGAUGAGUUGAAGCGACUGAUGAUGUUACAUGGAGGACUGUACAUCACCUACUACAGUAAAACCAAAGUCUCUCACAUCAUUGCAACACGUCUCCCCUAUGCAAAGAUUAAGGAACUCCGAGAUGAGAAGAUCGUUCGACCCGAUUGGAUAUUAGAAAGUAUAAAGGCAGGGAAGCUACUCUCCGACAUUCCAUAUCAACUCUACACAAACCGGGUUACCUCACAGGGUACCCUCAAGUUCGCCAGCAAGGAUUCGCCAGCUGUACACCAAGGAAAUCCAAGCCCUUCGUCUUCAGCGAGGCAGAUGACGAGUGAUCAUGACCGUGAGUUUCAGAAGAAAAAGACUGAGAUGCAAGAGACAAGGAUUACUCACACAGAAUGUCCAGUUGGUGUUGAGUUUCCAGAACUAGAUGCUCCAUCACUUAUAAAUCUUCAGAAUGCAUCUGGAAAUCAAACUCACUCCGAAGCUCCAGAAGGUAGCUCGACUAACCAUUCCCUAGACACUACCCCUGUGAGGUCUGCCCAAGUGACAAACCAAAAUCCACAGCCUCCGAGGACAGGGAAAGGUCCAGCCAAAGCCGGAGAUGCCAACUUUGUCUCAGAGUUUUACAACAACUCUCGGCUGCAUUACAUUUCCACAUGGGGAGCAGAAUUCAAGGCUUACGUGAACACCCUGCAGAGCAGCGGAGACACCAGCUUUCCGGGACGAGAGAAGUUACGUCUCCUCUGCGAGGAUUCCUCACCUUGCUCCUUGGCAUCAAAUCAAGCAAACCCAACUCUUGAAUCAGUCGAUGAAAUCCGUGAUGCUCACUCUAAGACGUCGGACAGACAAGGAUCCUCCAAAUCAGAUCGUGUGAUCAUGCAUGUUGAUAUGGAUUGCUUUUUCGUAUCAGUGGGUCUGCGCAACCGUCCAGAUCUGAUCGGGAAGCCAGUCGCCGUAACGCACUCCCGAGGGAAAGGAAUGCCUGAGGCAAACCAAGAGACUCGCGAGUACGAGAGAGCGUACUAUGAAAAUAAGUACAAACAAGAUGAGAAGAAGGACGUGAAGAGUCGGCAUAUCAGUCCAACAAAACUUUCCUUACAAGAAAAAGACAAAUCAACAAAUUCAUCAGCUACUGAAGACAUUCCUCCAAAGUCUGACGACACAACUCGGUUGAACUCAAGCUCCCACUCAGAAAAUAUUUCAUCAACAUUGCUGUCAACUUCCAGAACUUUGACCAGUCCAGGGAUGCUUGACUCAACAGGCCAGAGUGAGCCUCAGAAAUCCAAGUCUAAGUCGAACUUCAGCUCCAUGGCUGAAAUCGCCAGCUGUAGCUAUGAAGCCCGUAAGUGUGGAUUACGGAAUGGCAUGUUUAUGGGGAAAGCGAAGAGCCUCUGCCCAGAGCUUCAGACGAUUCCCUAUGAUUUUGAGGGCUACAGAAAAGUGUCUCAGUUGUUGUAUGAGACGAUAGCGAGCUACACCCAUGACAUCGAAGCGGUCAGCUGCGAUGAGAUGUUUGUUGAUGUGACCGGGAUCAUGGAUGACACUGGGGUCACUCCGCUGGAGCUAGCCAAAGUACUACGAGCAGAAAUUAAAGAGAAGACGGGGUGCAAUGCAUCUGCCGGUCUCGCUGGUAACAUCUUACUGGCUCGGAUGAGCACAAGGAAGGCGAAGCCAAAUGGACAGUUCUACCUCGAUGCCAAGGAUGCUGUCGACUUUAUGAAAACGCAGUCAGUCAAAGACCUACCUGGAGUCGGCUGGUCCACAGGGUCUCGUCUUAGGACCAUGGGAAUAGAAACCUGCGGUGACCUCCAGGGUUUGACCCUUGGCACCCUACAGAAGGAGUUCGGACCCAAGACGGGGCAAGCACUCUACAGCUAUUGCCGAGGCAUCGACGAUCGAGCUAUCAGAGUUGAACGAGAGAGGAAGUCAGUUUCCGCUGAGAUUAAUUAUGGAAUCCGAUUCACUAAGGUACAGAGCAGCGAAGCAGACACUUUUGUCAGCGAGCUCGCCGCCGAGGUCCACCGCCGUCUGACGGCGAUCAAGAUGACAGGCAAGACCAUUACGCUCAAACUGAAGAUCCGUCGAGAGGGCGCCCCCAAGGAAACCUCAAAGUUCAUGGGUCACGGGAUCUGCGACAACCUGGCCAAGUCCACCACCUUGGCUCAGUCUACCGACAGACUGGGGGUGAUUCAGGUGGAGAGUAAGACGCUGUUGAGUCAGAUGAGGGUAGACGCAAGUGACCUGAGAGGGGUUGGUAUACAGAUCAGCCGACUGUGUGCUGCAGGGGCUUCGACGGGUUCAGCAACCUCCAGUAGUAAAUCUCUGCUUGACUUCGUCAAACCUCUGCCUAAGACUGUCGAGGCUGUCCCAAAGCCCAAAGAACCUGCCAAGGAUCGAGUGCCGAUUGAGAAGAAAUCUUCAAGAACAUUACUUAACUUCGUUUCAAAACAGAAAUCCACAGCAUCCUCUCAAGUAAACGUAGAGCUUGGCUUCAAGCAACUCAGGCCGACCCCUUUGCCUUCACUCCCAUCUUAUGAGCCGGACGUUGCAACGCCGACACGACAGAAGUCGACUUCUAGAGAAGACCAAGAGGAGUUCUGUCUCCCGUCUCCGUCUCAACUUGACCCUUCAGUUCUUGCCGCUCUCCCCCCGAGCAUCAGGAAGAAUAUCGAGAGAGCGUAUCAAGCACGCAGUAAACAACAGAACAGCAAACGCCAAGUAGAACCAGUUACAUCCAGUGCCGCUACUAAAAAUGCUUCAGGAAACUUUGUCCCACCAUCUCGACCCUCCAUGGCUGAGUCUACACCGGCGCCCUGCCCGUCGGGAAGAACUACCUCGACAAAAUCAACUGCAUCCAUCCAUGAUGCUUCCUGUCAUUCAAAUCAUCUUCAUCCAAAGCACACCGAGAAAACGUCUUCCAUUCAACCCUCAGAAAAAAAGAAAAAUGCUAAAACAUCGAGAUGGGAUCAACCCAGCACGUCAUAUGGAACGGUCCGAUCCAUGGAGGACCCCCAUCCACCGAGUUCAUCAUCUGGAACAGACCAUUCAAGUCUCGAGUAUGAUCCAAGUGUCUUGAGGGAGCUUCCGCCGGACGUCCUGCAGGAGAUCAUGGGGCAAGAACCUGGUCGGGGUAGGGGGGUGAGAGCUGAGGAGCAAGAACUGGAGCUGGAGUCUUCGGAACAGGGAUUUGCUUCAGGCCCAGUUGAAGCCCUGCCGUCAUUCUCACAGAUCGACCCCAGCUGUUUGGAAGCUCUACCGUCCGAUCUCCAGAAAGAGAUUCAGCAAGCCUAUCAGAGACAGCUCCAAACACCCGUCAUCAUCCCGCCGUCAACCAAACCUCCUGCCUCAACCAAAUCAAGCCCCUUUAAGUUGAAUCGAAGGAAGGGUCGCCCACGUAAGACCAGUCCCCGCAAGGGGGCAAGGCAGGGUGUCAGACUCCCCGGAGCUGUAGGUAUCCUGGAAAUGGUGACCGGUGUAAAGAGUUCACCUGUCGGCAAAACUUCGAGCGAAGUUGGCGACAAAUCUAAUCCAACAGAUUAUUCGCCUGAAGUGUUGCGCAACUCUGACAUAGCUGAAAGCGAAGACACGCCCAAAGAGCAACCUGUGAACCUGUGUGGGGCCGUGGGAUUAAGGGAUGUAAAAGAAAUGCUCAAAGAAUGGACUACAUCUGUUGAAGAGCCUGGUGAUGAGGAUAUAGACCACCUUGUGCUGUACCUAAAUCAACUCAUCAUGGAUAGAAACUUGGAGAUGACUGAUCUCGUCUUAAGAGGAAUGAAGAGACUUUCGAAUCAGAUGGAGUCUACAUCCCCAUGGCGAGAUGCUUACCAGAUUAUUGAAGACAGGGUACAAGACACAAUCUCACAGAUCUACAAGAGCAAAUUAAAGAGAGUUUGAAAAUGGACUAAUCAGAUGAAGUCUUUACAGGCCUUGAACUUCGCUCUUGAAUGGGCCUGGCAGUUUCUCCUAGUUAAAGGGGCACUCUAUGAGUAAAGUUUUAAUUUGUGUUGGAACUUUGCAAAGGGCAGUGCAGCAAAAGCACAGGGCACCACGGCAACUGAUGUGGGUACCGAGGCCUGUCUUUAUUUGAGGAGAACAGGGGUUGAUUUCACAAAGAUAAUUCUAAGUAUUGUUUGAAGCUUAAAGGAACACGUUGCCUUGGAUCGGAC